CAUGUAUUGAUGCACGCAUCCAUACAGACAUUUUGUUAAAGUAGGGAACAAAGCCCAUUAACCAUCCCUGCUUUAAUUCUACUUUAUUUGUGUUUUUCUUUUGCCAAUUCAAAGGAUAAAGGAGAGUACUUUCAUUAUUCGUGUCUGCAAAUAUCUCUUCACCGGUUCCCUUGAUGCUUGACACCGACGUUCCCUUUCAAUCAUGUUAGGCGCUCGUGUUGCUUGAAAGUAAGAGAUAAGAGAUGGGAUUUCAUGGACGUAUUCAGAAUGCCUAGUUCUGGCAUGUCUGAAAUUGGACUUAAAAGGAUAGAACAAGGCCAAACCAAUAUUAGAAAUGUGCCAAUUGCUAUUACUCCAGAAGGAUUUUGAUGUUGUCCAUCACCUUCUGUAUUUCAAAAGACCCUCAAAUCUCAGAGCCCUCUCAACAAACCCAAAAAUCUCUCCCCACCGGACAAUAAUAGUGUCCAGAAGAACCAGAACCCACGGACAGAGAGAAAACCCUCAGCCACUCCAUUAAGAGCUGCAAUUGCUUUUGAUGAUCAUCAAAAUGUUGGUCCUGAUGCAUCUGGUAUCAGUACACCAGUUGUUACCGAGAGAGUGCCAAGGCCUAAGGUAGAAGGUAUGCCAAGGAAGGUUGCAAUUGAGUUUGGUGAACCUGGAACCGGCGACAUGAAGUUUGUUUUACUGGGAAAGCAGGGAUUUUGUGUGAAGUUGAGUGUCCACAGAAACAUCUUGGUUGAAAAUAGCAACUAUUUUGCUGACAAAUUCUCAGAACAGGAGUCUGGUAUACCUUGUCUUGAAAUUUCUGAUUGCGAGGAUGUUGAGAUAUAUGUUGAGACUGUGGGACUGAUGUAUUGCAAAGACAUGAAGCAGUGGUUGAUCAAGCAAAGUGUUUCUCGUGUGGUUCGCAUUCUCAAGCUUGCUGAACUUCUUGGCUUCAACAAAUGCAUUCAAUCAUGCUUGGAAUAUUUGGAAGCCGUUCCGUGGGUGGGGGAGGAAGAAGAAGAGAAGGUGGUCUCUUCAGUUUUACGACUUCAGAGUGAGGGUAUUGGGGUCACCCCCAUUCUGAAGAGAGUCUCUUCGGAUGUUACUAAGGCCCCUAAAGAUGCACUUUUUCAGAUAAUGGAACUUGUUCUUAAAAGCAAUGAGGAGAGAGGACGGCGUGAAAUGAAAUCCAUAGUCCUUAAGCUCCUCAAGGAGAAUAACAAUCUCUCGAAUUGCGCAGGUUCUACUGACAUUUGUUAUGUAACCAUUUAUAGUUCAUGUCGAAGUUGCCUGAAUUCACUGCUGUCUCUAUUCAAGCAAGUCACUGAUCCAGGGUCUGCUGACAUACCCAUUGACAAUAAGGAAACUGUGGUGAAGAGGAUAGCUCUGGAGGCUGACAAUCUCUCAUGGUUGCUUGACAUUUUAGCUGACAGCCAAGCAGCGGACGAGUUUGCUCAAAUGUGGGCUAGCCAGCAAGAAAUGGCAAACUUACAUGAAAAGCUACAUAUAGUGUCUCGCUACCAUGUUAGCUUCAUUACUGCAAGGCUGUUUGUCGGGAUUGGAAGAGGAGAGAUGCUCCCAUCCAAGGACACCCGUCACUUGCUGUUACAGACCUGGUUACAGCCAUUGAUCAAUGACUACGGCUGGUUGCAACACGGAUGCCGGUCAUUAGACAGGAAGGUUGUAGAGGAGGGGAUUGGAAGAACAAUUCUCACUCUUCCCCUUGAGGAUCAGCAGAGUAUUCUGUUGGGUUGGUUGAGCAGCUUUCUGAAAGCCGGCCAUAAUUGCCCGAAUCCGCAGAGAGCAUUUGAGGUUUGGUGGCGAAGGACCUUCAUCAGACCACAUGUUGAAACACAAGGGAGUCAAUUCCAGUCAGAUAGCUCAAUGACAUCAAAGUAAUAGAUGUGAAGAGAUAAAGAUUGAAGGGGAGAGCAAGAAUUUAUCAUUCUUCUAUUCACCCAGAUAUCAGCCUGAGUUACAGAAAACACAAGACCCAUAAUGGGCUUCAAAUGUCAUAGUUAGGCCCAUCUAUUGUUCCAAAGAGGCCCAUACAAAAUGGUUUCAUAAUGACAAGCCCCAAUUGCUCUGCCAUAGUUGCUUCUCUGCCACUGCUUGGAUGGAUGGAUGGAUGGAUGGUUUGGAUUAUUUUCUAAAUUUUUAUUUAAUGUUAAAGUUUGGUUUUGUCAUUUCGUUGUAGUAAAGGAGUCAGAGUCAAGCAGAUGAUGGGCCUUGUAGUGGGGACAACAACAACAGUGGUCCAAUUUAAAGAUGAAUGUGCGUUUAGUUAAUACACCCCUUCUUGUUG